UCAGGAUUUGGAGCUCCAACGCAAACAUGACGCCAACCCCAAAUUUUAGGAACUUUGAUUAUUGAGGUUCUUCGUUGCAAUUACGAGUAUGGCACACCUGCAUAUUACCGGUGCCACCGGAUACAUAGGAGGAUCCGUUCUUUCAACCUUGUUAUUAUCGGAAAAUCCAAUUAUCAAUGACUUGAAAAUUUCUGUCCUUGUUCGGAAGCCAGAACAUAUUAGCUUGCUGGAGCAAAAAGGGUUAAACGUGAUCUUGUUUUCAGGGCUACAUGACACAGAUGCAAUAAAGAAGGCAGCAAGUGAACAUGACAUUGUCAUCAAUACGGCCAAUUCGUAUCAUUCUCAAUCAGCAGAGGCCAUCAUCGAUGGCUUGGCAGAAAGGCAAAAAGUAACGGGGAAAUCCGUACAUCUCAUCCACACAUCGGGAACAUCGAAUCUAGGUGACCGUCCCAUCACUGGAACUUAUACUGAGACACGAGUCUUCUCCGAUGAAGAAGAUAUUUUUGCGUACGAGAGCUACCGGGAAGGCUUAGAAAAAUACCCACAGCGCACGACUGACCUUGUUGUUAUCCAAAACGGUGAGGCUACAGGGGUAAAGACGUACAUUCUCAUGCCGCCUACCAUUUACGGUAUCGGUAGUGGGUUUUUCAACCGUACGUCUAUCCAGAUUGAUGCCAUUAUGCGUGCUGCGAAGCGCCAGGGUUUCACGCCUGUCAUUGGUGAAGGCAAGGGGCAUUGGGACCACGUUCACAUCGAGGACUUAUCUGGGCUAUACGAGCUUGUGCUUUCCCGAAUUUUAAAAGGAGACGAGCUACCUUCCAAUAGGAAAGGGAUUUAUUUCUGCGAGACAGGUAAUCACACGUGGCGCGAGGUGUCGGAGAGAAUUGCGAAGACAGGUAAAGAGGCUGGUUUUCUGUCCUCGGAUGAAGUAAGAGAAGAAACUUUAGAAAAUGCUGCAAAGGCAAUCGAAAAGACGCUGGAUGUUGCUGAGCUUGGGUUUGCGUCUCACUCACAGACGAGGGCCCAGUUGUCGCGAAAGAUAGGAUGGGUUCCCAAGAAAACGAGGAAGGACUUUGAGGACAGCUUCUUGAAGGAGUGGAAGAUAAUUGGGAACCAGGACUAGUGAUCAGGGGCUUCAAUCCUCCAUACGCAGUUUUAGACCAG